AUGCUCGCGUCGAUUCUUGCCGCGUUUACACCUGCGCCCGAUGACGGGGUUCAACGGCGACCCCCACGGUAUGCUGGCGAAGACACCACCCCGACCAGCCACCGAGAGAUCCUCGGCUGGUACUCGUACGGUAUCGCAGCCGAAGUAUUUGCGGUGUGCGGUGUUGGGUCAUUUCUACCCUUGACACUCGAACAGCUUGCUCGCGAGAAUGGCACUCUACAAAAUAGCCAUUUGCCCUGUUGGGGUCCCCAGGCGCCGGAAAACAAGGGCGAUGAGCAAUGCAUGGUCGGAGUUCUAGGACUCCAUAUCACCACGGCUAGCUUCGCGAUGUAUACUUUCUCAUUGGCAGUGCUGAUCCAGGCGUUGGCCUUGAUUUCGUUCAGCGCCCUGGCUGACUAUGAGCGAAACCGCAAAACAUUACUCUUGUCCUUCGGCUUCAUCGGCUCGGCGACUAGCAUGCUUUUUGUCUUUGUUGCACCUUCGGUUUUCAUCCUCGGUUCGAUCCUCGUUGUCAUCGGAGUCACCUGCCUUGGCUCGUCAUUCGUCGUACUCAACUCUUUUCUACCCUUAUUGGUCGCCAAUGAUCCGUCGAUCCAAAGUACCCAGCCUGACCGGGGCGAAGAAUUGUCGAACUUGGAUCGGGAUGAGGAACCCAACGAAUGGAACUCUUGGGACGACAGUGAUAGUCUGGAUGGAAUGCCUGCUGACAAUCAUCCCGCGGAGUCUCUGGAAGAUGGAUUGAAGUCGAAGAGCACACAAUUCUCUUCGCCGGAGCUGCAGCUAUCUACCAAGAUUUCAUCCAAGGGAGUGGGUCUCGGAUACUGUGCGGCAGUGUUCGUACAGAUUUUGAGUAUUAUCAUGCUCAUCACUCUCAGCAAGACCUCUCUCGCCAAGGCGUCGGGAACCCUUCCGCUACGCUUUGUGUUGCUGCUGGUAGGAAUCUGGUGGUGUGCAUUUACACUCGUCACUCGCCGCUGGCUGCGUGACCGUCCUGGGCCUCCAUUGGAUACUUCAUCGACUCCGGGAACUGCCCGCUGGCGCGUAUGGCUCCGUUUGGUGGGCUUCGCGUGGAAGUCGCUCUGGCGGACGGUCACGAUCGCGGUGCGACUGCGAGAAGUGCUCAUCUUUCUCGUCGCUUGGUUCCUCCUCUCGGAUGCAAUGGCCACUGUUUCCGGCACGGCGAUUCUGUUCGCGCGCACGGAGCUUCAGAUGAGCACAACCGCUAUUGCCUGCUUGUCCAUUACCGUCACUCUUUCGGGGAUGGCGGGGGCAUUCCUCUGGCCGCACGUUUCUCGACGAUUUGGGUUGGAGUCGAACCACACCAUUAUCUUGUGCAUUGCCCUCUUCGAGAUCAUUCCAUUGUACGGAAUGUUGGCGUACAUUCCCUUUGUGAAGAAGUGGGGGGUGAUUGGCCUGCAAAAGCCAUGGGAGAUCUUCCCAUUGGGCAUCAUCCACGGCAUCGUUUCUGGCGGCCUGGCAUCCUACUGCCGGUCCUUCUUUGGGUUGUUGAUUCCCCCGGGCAGCGAAGCAGCCUUCUACGCCCUAUAUGCGGCCACCGACAAGGGAAGUUCGUUUAUUGGGCCAGCAGUGGUCGGUGUGCUUAUUGAUGCGACUGGCCAAGUACGGACAGGAUUCUUCUUCAUUGCCGUACUGAUCGUGUUGCCUAUCCCAUUAGUCUGGAUGGUGAAUGCCGAGAAGGGUCGUCGCGAUGCUCUGGUCAUGGCGGACACGCUGAAGGAAGGGCAUAAAUCGCACGGAGGAGCCACCGACGAUGCACAGGAGGCUGAGGGUUUGCUAGCCCGCGAGGCGUAA